AUGUGUAGACAGAAGAAUCAAAAUAGAAAUCCAGCACGACAAAAAAGAUCAGGAGCUGUAACCGGGGGAUGGCACUGUGAGAAAAGGGAUUAUCUAAAGAACGAAUCUUUUACGAAAGACAACGGUAAUGUGCCAGAAACUGGGUGUCUCUCUAUCAUUGUUCUCGGUGCUUCUGGUGAUCUUGCCAAGAAAAAGACCUUCCCUGCGUUGUUUAACCUUUAUCGUCAGGGAUUUUUGCAAUUAAAUGAAGUUCACAUUUUUGGGUAUGCGAGGACCAAAAUUUCAGAUGAUGAAUUAAAAAAUCGUAUACGAGGGUACCUUUCUUCAGGAAAUGAAGGCGCAGUAGAUGUAUCAAAGUUUCUGCAAUUGAUUAAAUAUGUGAGUGGCUCUUAUGAUGCUGCGGAGGGAUUUCUGGCAUUGGACAAGGCAAUAACUGAGCAUGAAACAUCAAGAAACAGCUCAGAAGGAUUGUCUAGAAGGCUUUUCUACCUCGCACUUCCUCCAUCAGUAUAUCCACAAGUCUGCAAAAUGAUCAAGAAUUAUUGCACAAAUAAAUCUGAUCUUGGUGGAUGGACCCGUAUUGUUGUUGAGAAGCCCUUUGGCAAGGAUUUGGCUUCAGCUGAGGAACUAAGCUCCCAGAUUGGAGAAUUAUUUGAUGAACCACAGAUUUAUCGCAUUGAUCACUAUCUUGGCAAAGAAUUGGUGCAGAACUUGUUGGUACUUCGUUUUGCUAAUCGCUUCUUUUUGCCACUCUGGAACCGCGAUAAUAUUGACAAUGUACAGAUUGUCUUCAGAGAAGAUUUUGGAACUGAAGGUCGUGGUGGAUAUUUUGAUGAAUAUGGAAUUAUCAGGGACAUCAUUCAAAAUCACCUCUUGCAGGUUCUUUGCCUUGUUGCUAUGGAGAAGCCCGUUUCUCUGAAGCCCGAGUAUAUCAGAGACGAGAAAGUCAAGGUUCUCCAAUCAGUGGUUCCAAUCAAAGAUGAAGAGGUGGUUCUUGGACAAUAUGAAGGCUAUAGGGAUGACCCGACAGUUCCCGACAACUCAAACACCCCUACUUUUGCGACCAUGGUUCUUCGAAUACACAAUGAAAGAUGGGAAGGUGUACCUUUUAUACUUAAGGCAGGGAAGGCCCUAAACUCAAGAAAGGCAGAAAUUCGGGUACAAUUUAAAGAUGUCCCUGGUGACAUUUUCAAAUGUCAAAAGCAAGGUAGAAAUGAAUUUGUAAUACGUCUGCAACCUUCAGAGGCCAUUUACAUGAAGCUUACGGUCAAGCAACCUGGACUGGAUAUGUCAACUGCUCAGAGUGAACUAGAUUUGUCAUACAGACAACGUUAUCAGGGGGUUGUCAUUCCUGAGGCUUAUGAACGUCUAAUUCUCGACACAAUCCGAGGUGAUCAGCAGCAUUUUGUUCGUAGAGACGAGCUUAAGGCUGCCUGGGAGAUUUUCACACCACUUUUGCACCGAAUAGAUAAUGGCGAGUUUAAGCCAAUUGCAUAUAAACCGGGCAGCAGAGGCCCUGUAGAAGCAGACGAAUUGUUGGAAAAGGCCGGUUAUGUUCAAACGCAUGGCUAUAUUUGGAUCCCCCCAACGUUAUAA